UUUCCCUAAAAGGAAUUUUCUUGGAGAUGGUGAGAGGGAAGAUCGAAAUCAAGAGAAUCGAGAACGUGACGAGCAGACAGGUCACCUUCUCGAAGCGAAGGAACGGCCUCUUGAAGAAGGCUCAUGAACUCUCAGUUCUGUGUGAUGCAGAUGUUGCCCUCAUCAUCUUCUCCCAGAAAGGAAGAUUGUACGAAUUCUCCAGCUCCGACAUGCAGAAAACGAUCCAACGAUACGCCAAGUAUACGAAAGAGUUCGUACAAGGCACACCCGACGUAGUGCAAUACGUGCAGAGGCUGAGGGAAGAAAUGGGGGAAAUGGCGAAGAAGAUUGAGAUCCUUGAAGUUCAUCAACGGAAGCUAAUGGGACAAGAGUUGGAUUCGUGUUCGGUGGAAGAACUUCAGGAAAUAGCCGAUCAGAUCGAGAAAAGCCUUCAUAUUAUAAGAUCAAGAAAGGCUCAGUUAUAUGAAGAUCAACUAGAGAAACUGAAAGCAAAGGAGAGAGAGCUCUUGGAGGAGCGAGCAUGGCUGUGCCGAAGGUACGAAGAGAGGAAAUUGAUGCUGUCUGAAAGUGGCAAAGCCAAAGGCGGGCGUGGAGACCGGAGGACACCGGAGGUUGAAACCGGACUGUUCAUCGGCUUGCCGGAGAAUCGGCCGUGAUAUCCUAACCGCCGAUCCGAUCAGGUGAUUAUUUACUAAUUUCAUUUUUAAGAUUUCGAGAUAAUUAUUUAUAUAUAUCAGUGAAAUGAUGUUUUUGAAAUGAUUAAUUAAUAAUUCGGAGUGAUGUCCUUUCAAUGUGUUAAAAAGGGGAGACAAAUAAUGUAAUGGAUAAUGCCAUCGAUCCUUGUCGAA